AUGGAAAGUCGUCGAAGCUUGAUUGUUGCUCUUUCGGCUAUUGUUCUUCUUCUCCCAUUGUUUAUCGCAACAGCUACAGCUCAAUCAAAGCUUAGCCGAGACUUCUACAAAAGCUCAUGUCCAAACGUCGAAUCUUUAGUCCGAUCCGCCGUCGCCAACAAAUUCCGCCAGACAUUUGUCACUGCACCAGCCACCCUUCGACUCUUUUUCCAUGACUGCUUUGUUCGGGGGUGUGAUGCUUCCGUUAUGCUUGCAUCACCAAACGGCAACGCAGAGAAGGAUCACCCAGAUAAUCUUUCUCUAGCUGGAGAUGGAUUUGACACUGUCAUUAAAGCCAAGGCAGCUGUGGACAGAAACUCUCGUUGCAAAAACAAAGUCUCAUGCGCUGACAUCCUAGCUCUCGCCACCAGAGAUGUCGUCGUCUUGACUGGAGGGCAAUCUUAUCCAGUGGAAUUGGGGAGACGAGAUGGGAGAAUUUCUUCCAAGUCUAGCGUUCAAAAUCAGCUUCCCCACCCAAACUUUAACUUGAACCAACUCAAUGCUAUCUUUGCCUCUCACGGCCUUACCCAGAAAGAUAUGAUUGCAUUAUCAGGUGCCCAUUCAAUUGGUUUCUCUCACUGCAAUAAAAUGUCGAACCGAAUUUACAACUUCAGCCCGAGAAUGGAAAUUGACCCAAAACUCAACACACAAUACGCUUUACAGCUGAGACAAAUGUGCCCUAGAAAAGUGGACCCUAGAAUCGCCAUUAACAUGGACCCCACAACCCCAAGGAAAUUCGACAACACUUACUACAAAAACCUUAAGCAAGGGAAAGGGCUCUUCACUUCUGAUCAGGUUUUGUUCACAGACAGCAGAUCAAAGACCGUUGUCAACAGCUUCGCUUCCAGCCCCGCAGCCUUCAACAAGGCCUUCGCUGAUGCCAUGACCAAGCUCGGUAGAGUUGGUGUUCUUACUGGCAGACAAGGCGAAAUUCGCAUUGAUUGCACCCGUCCCAACUAG